AUGGUCAGAGACAGUCUGGACAGAACAUCUGAUCAGAACCAGAAACAGGAGCCGGCAGCUGAGACACAGAGCCAGGGUCAGAACUCGGAGUCGUCCGAUCUGCCUCAACAAACAGCAAAAGCGGUUCAUGCUGGAGACGAGGACCCUGCAGGAUCAAAGCUAGAUUUUCUGCUCUGGUGCAAGCUCAGAUUUGAGGAGGAGCCUGAAUCCUGGAGCCUGCCAGAGACUGAAGCCGACCCUGAGAGCUUGCCCACACACCUCCGUCCAUUCACCAGCUCGGCAGAAUAUCAGCUGGUAAGACUCACCUUUCUGCAGCUGCAGCAGAGCGGUUACUACUGGGGGCCGAUGACCAUGGAGGAGGCACACCAAAGGCUGGGCAACGCAUCGCUGGGAACCUUCCUCAUUAGGGACAGUGGCCAGCCGGAUGUUUUCUUCACUCUGAGCUACCAAAGCGAGGAUGGCCCCACCAGCGUCCGCAUCCAUCUGAACAACCUGCUCUUCAGUCUACACGGCAGCCAAAAGACUUUCGCGUCGCUCUUCGCUCUGCUCACCUAUUACACCAGCUCGCCCUGCAAGCUGACAAAGCCUUACCGCAAGCAGCGGCCCGAGCGCCUAAAGCAGAUGUGCAGGAGGGCUCUCGUACGAACGCACGGUGUCGAAAAUAUACGCACCUUACACGGACUCAGCCCUGAUGUUAAAGCAUAUGUCUAUGCAUAUCCAUACUGUACAUAGAAAUACUUGUGGAUAUAUUGCCUUUUGCUGGACUUACAUGUUUUUUUAUUAAGUUAAAAAUUGUGCUUUUACAAAAGAAAUGCUGGAAACAUUUUGGUACAACAUUUAAAUACCACAUAGACUGAAUAUAUUUUAUGGAGAUAUACUUUCUUUUGUAGGUUUAUAGAGCACAGAUUCAGAGUUAACAAGAUUAUUUUUGGUACUAAAAUUGAAGUUGAAAGGAAGCAAGACAAAGAUAAAUUAUUUCUGACCCUUAUUCAAUUUUAAUUUGAUAAACACGCUGAGAAAUGCAGUCGCCAUCAUUCAGUUUGCCUGUGGCUACUUCUAAAGUAAAGUUUAGCUGUUCCUGACCCUCCGCGCAAAAAUUGGUUGAAAAGACCAAUGAUUUACAUCCAAACAACAUCUACAUUUGGUUAAAAAGUGAAGGUUGAAUAUCCAUAAUUUGCAGUUUGUUGAAAAGACGUUGAAAACUGGGUUUGUGACAUCUUUUCACAGUCUACUAUUGGACUAAAGUGGGACAAAAUCAGACCGACCACAAACAGCCUAAUUUCCAGCCACUGUUUCUAGAAUAAUAUUAAGACAAUGAUGCACCGACCUGAUUAAGCCUAAAGAAUUCCCUCUGGUCUGCUGAGAGCUCCAAAGCAUCAGAUGAAUUUCUGUGCCAAAACUUAUCAGUCAGGGGCAAGGGGCGUAACAAUUUCCAACUUUUUAGAUGCAUGACAUUGAACGCAAUGGAGUGUUAAUUAUCGAGAACAGGAGAAAGUGAAGAAAAGUAACACAGAGAACUAGAUAUCCUUUCAGAAUAUAUAAAUAGAAGGAAUAAACACUGGAUAGGAUGGCUGCUAAGAAGCUAACAGUAACAUUAAUAACAUGUCAUCGUUUCUGGCAAGUACUGGGGGUGGUGUAAGUAGAUGUUAAAAAUGGUAGUAGGCAGAUACCUAGGCUUCCAAUUACUCCCCCCCCCCC